CACUGUGUUAGAGAGUUGAGGAUGGAUAAGAGAGGAGCCCCAACUUGGGUGUAGCUGGGGAACAGGAUUCACUCAGAGUAGAGGGGGAAUAACUGGCAAAGCAGUAAAGCUUUGAAUUUGGCUCAGGUGCUCACCCACCAGGCAACCUUGGCUGGUGACCUAACCUGUGGGGCUUUUGUUUCCUCUACUUCCUGUGUGAAAGGGGGGAGAGGGGUGACAAUAACUGACUCACAGGGUUGCAUGCGGAUUAAAUGAGAUAAAGUAGCUUUGAGCAGAGUGCUUGGUACACUGCCGGAACCUGAGAAGUGCUGGCUCUUGUGUUUCAUAUAUAUAUGUUUCAUUUAAGACCUGGCAUUAAAUGGUAAUUCCUUAAAUGGUACCAAGUGUCUGUCAUUUUCCUUGUCAUCAUCGGGCUUGAAGGGAAGGCUCUGUCUGGCCAGACUGCAAAGGGGGAUUUGAUCUCUCCAGGGGUGGUAGGAGACACUGAGAGAUUUGAAUGCAUGAUAUGAACACCAGGUAUUCUUAUUAUAAGUUUUCUUUCCUCCCUAGAAUGGCUUCAACAGGAACAAACAGCCAUCCCAUGCAUGAUAUCUUUGGGGAUUUCAGUGAUACUUCCUUAGAAGAUUCAAAGAUGGAAAAAAUAAAAAACUUGAAAAUCAGUAGGAAUCUUACUGAAAUAGCUCCCAGUCAUAGCAGAUUUCUAAAAAGAAGCCAAACUAUGGGUGAAAAACACUUAUUCCCGAAAGAGGAUGCUGGCCUGGGGAGUGGGUCCUGGCUGUCCUCAGGUAGGCCCCUGACCACUGCCUCAAAGCUCAGGACCAGUGCCGCGCUUAGGAAGCUGGCUCAGAUCGAAUCCAAGAUCAUGAAUCGGAAGGUACAGAUGGACUUGCCUGACAUGGAAUCCAACCCGAAGACCUCCAAGGACAGUCUUCCCAGGAGAGCAGACAAAAUUCUUCCUAGGACUGCAGUUAAACUUUCUUCACAGAAUAUAGACAAAACCUCCCAGAAGCAGACCCAUGAAGUUUCUGUCACUGAGAGCAACACGCCAGGUGGGAAGGUCAGUAGGUUUCUAAAGAAGAGAGAGCCACCUGUUGAAAAGCUAUCCCCUGAAGCCCAUUUUGAGAAAGAGAGGCAUUUUUCAAUACCCAAAGAGAAAAAACCUACUAGAAAAUUGGAUUCUCUAGACAGUGAUGAAGAGGAAAUGAAAGAGUUGCUGGGAAGCUUGAUGGAAUCUUUUAGAGAAAAAGAAACAUGCACGAAUCGGGGUUUCACCAGCACCAGAGUCAGUGAGAAAGAACAAAUGGAACUAUUUUCGUUGGAUCAGAUCCCAAAUCAACCAAAACUUCUUUCACUACCCAAUGAGGAACUUUCCAGCCCAAAGCCACUUGGGACAUCACAUCUGCCAACCUUCCAAUUAGCAGACGGGACUCUUCGCAGCGUGUGCUCAAAAGCUCACUCCCCACAGACUCACAUUCCAGGGGACACAGCAUCCAGCAUGGUGUCAUCGCUUUCUAUCACCAGCACUGUGUCAAAGUCAGUGCCCUCGAUGAUGGCACAUGGCAGGUUCUCAUCCUCUCCCGUAAGGAGUGAGGCUGGGCCUGGGGAGGAGUCACUCUCAGAAGCCUCUGACAGCAGCCUAAAUGAUUUUAGAAUAAAUAUUUUAUCCCUUGAUGAUCUGGCGCCAGCUGUCAAUAAGAAAUUAGACUUGGAACAGAGAAAAGGAGGUCAGAGACAAAAGGCAUCCAGCAAAAGUCCCUGGGCCAGGGGCCCCCCAACUGGAAGUGAGGUCUCGGAGCACCUGAGCGAGCCAUCAGCCUCCUCUGCUGAGCCCCAGCAUGCUUCCAGCCUGAGGCCGACGUCUGAGGCACCUAUAACCAGCAUGGUGAGUUUGGCUUAUUCAGAAGAUUUCGAGAAAUCCCCAACUCUGACAGCAUCAGAGCCAGUGACCCAUUCUGAGGAGUCUCCGGACAGGACGUUGGCCACUUUGUCUGAACUCUCUGUAAGCCUGAAGACAGACCAUCCCCCACCAACAUGUGCAUCUCGGAAAAAGUGGGCGCGGGAUGUUACAAGAGUCCUGGUGAAGGAGAAGGCUGUGCAGACCCUUGACCCCGCCUUCACCUACCAGUGGAUGAAGGAGGCUGGCAUGGCGACCACUGGGCAAGCCCUAGGAGGUGCCUACGUGGACCCUGCACCCAUUGCCAGUCAUGUCGUCAGCGCAGAUGCAAUAGAAGCCCUGACAGCUUACAGCCCGACUGUGUUCGCACUCAAUGACAUGCUUAAGCAGCAGCUAAGCCUGACACAGCAGUUCAUCGAGGCAAGCCGGCACCUACAUGCGUCCCUCCUGCAGUCCCUGGAUCAAGACUCGUUCCACUACCACACCCUGGAGGAAACCAAAAAGUACAUCAGGCACCACAGGCCCGCCCCACUGACCCUGGAGGAUGCUCUGAAGGAGGUGGAGGAGGAGCUGUGAACGCCAGUAAAACCUCAGAGGUUCCAGUGCUACCAGCGGGUCACUGGACAGUUAAGACAGAAAUCUUACGGCGGAGUGGGGCUCCUGGACCGCGACCGACGUCUUCUCCCUGGGGAGUAUGACUUGGACCUGGAGCGGGAG